UACAAAAUCAUUCAUUAUUCAUCAGACCAACAAAAAAGGAAAAAGAGAGAGAGAGAAGGGAUUCAAUUCAUCUUCAUUAUGGAUCUACUUCUACUCAUCAUAUCUUGAUCUUCUAUUUCUUCCAUCUCAUCAUUUCUGGGUUUCCUGGGGCUCACUUCUUUUUUUUUCCAAAUCUGAUUGACUUUUGAAGAGUGACGAAGGAAGAGUCUUUAUUAUUUUACAAAUUCGUCUGUGUUUUUGUAUCUUUGGGAUGGCCUCCGUGGGCAUAGAGCCUAGUGCCGCGGUUAGAGAUUCUACUGGAAACGCUACUGAUGCUGAUAGAUUACCUGAGGAGUUGAAAGAUAUGAAAAUUCAAGAUGAUAAAGAGAUGGAAGCUACAAUCGUAAAUGGUAAUGUGACAGAAACUGGCCAUAUAAUUGUAACUACUAUAGGCGGAAGAAAUGGCCAACCAAAACAGACAAUCAGUUACAUGGCGGAGCGAGUUGUUGGACACGGAUCCUUCGGCAUUGUGUUCCAAGCAAAAUGUUUGGAAACAGGAGAAACUGUUGCGAUAAAGAAAGUUCUGCAAGAUCGGAGGUACAAGAACCGUGAGCUUCAAACAAUGAGGCUACUUGACCAUCCAAAUGUUGUGUCUUUGAAACAUUGUUUCUUCUCAACAACCGAAAAAGAUGAGCUUUACCUCAACUUGGUUCUGGAAUAUGUUCCGGAAACUGUGCACCGCGUGAUCAAACACUACAACAAGCUUAAUCAACGAAUGCCUCUUGUUUACGUAAAACUUUACACAUAUCAGAUUUUUAGGUCCUUAUCCUACAUUCACCGUUGUAUUGGCGUGUGUCAUCGUGACAUAAAACCUCAAAACUUGUUGGUAAACCCACACACUCAUCAAGUGAAACUAUGCGAUUUUGGAAGUGCGAAAGUAUUGGUAAAAGGAGAGCCAAACAUUUCAUACAUUUGCUCGAGGUAUUACAGAGCACCCGAACUCAUUUUUGGAGCCACUGAGUAUACUACAGCUAUUGAUGUCUGGUCUGCAGGAUGUGUUCUCGCCGAGCUUCUUCUUGGACAGCCAUUGUUCCCUGGUGAAAGCGGUGUUGAUCAACUUGUAGAGAUUAUAAAGGUUUUGGGAACACCAACAAGAGAAGAAAUCAAAUGCAUGAACCCCAAUUAUACAGAGUUCAAAUUCCCUCAGAUUAAAGCUCAUCCAUGGCAUAAGAUUUUCCACAAAAGAAUGCCUCCAGAAGCUGUCGAUUUAGUCUCAAGGCUUCUUCAAUACUCUCCCAAUCUUCGUUGUGCUGCUCUCGAUGCAUUGGUCCACCCAUUCUUUGACGAGCUAAGAGAUCCGAAUGCGCGAUUACCCAACGGUCGUUUCCUUCCACCGCUCUUCAACUUUAAGCCUCAUGAGCUUAAAGGUGUGCCUAUGGAGAUGGUGGCUAAGUUGGUACCAGAACAUGCAAGGAAGCAAUGUCCGUGGCUCGGUUUGUGAUUUGUCUGCUAUUACCUGCAAACACAAAAACUAGAGCAAAAUGCAGUCUGAGAAAUUCAUCUCUUCUCGCGUCUCUCUCCUCACUCUGUAUUAUUAUUAUGAUCAUAUCUCAAUCUGAUGAUUUUAGUAACCCUUUGUUUGUUUGUAUGAGUAGAGAAAGAGUGAAUCAUUUGUGCGGGUUAUGAGAUUUGUAUAAGCCAACAACAAAUUAUUUUUAUGAGAGUUUGGUGUUUUCUGUCUCA